CCCUCCCCCUGCCUUCCUUUCUACCCCCCUCUCUUCGGUCCUCCUCGUUGUUGCUCGAUCCCCCUCUUCCUCUCGCCCCAACCCCCAAAACCCCCUCCCCCCUUCACCUCUCCUUCAAAUCCACCCUCAGACCGCUCUUCCCUUCCGUUUCUCUGCAUAAAGUUCCGUCCUCGUCGUCAGAUCCCCCUCGUUCCCUCAUUCCCGACGUGAUUCGCCGAUCAAUGCGGGCUCCGGAGCUGUAGGGAUGGGCGAGGACGGCCGGCUGUGGCGCUCCGAGAUGGCAUGCAGGGGGGCGUGCUGAGCGACGCGGGGACAGCGGGCUGGCGGUGCUGGAGAUGGCUGCCGACGAGUCCGGGGCGGCGGCGGGGCCGGCGCAGUUGGUGAUGGUCAAGCGGGAGCUGCUGGCUGCGUGCAUGACAUGUCCCCUGUGCCACAAACUCCUCCGCGACGCCACCACCAUCACCGAAUGCCUUCAUACGUUUUGCAGGAAGUGUAUCCUGGAGAAACUCACCGAUGAGGAAGUAGAUUGCUGCCCGAUAUGUAAUAUUGAUCUGGGUUGCACUCCAAUGGAGAAGCUCAGACCUGACCACAAUCUCCAAGAAGUGAGGGCAAAGAUAUUUCCAUUCAAAAGAAGAAAUGUUAAUUCUCCAGAAGUUGUGCCUCCCACUCAAUUGCCUGCUAGAAGAAAAGAAAGAUCACUUUCUUCUUUGGUGGUAAACACUCCUCGAAUAGCAACACAGACAGGUCUGACAGGAAGAAGGACAAAAGCAGCUAGAAGGGCUGCUGCACUGCGUGGAUUGGGUCCUGUUAUUACUCAGUCUAUUAAAAAAGAGGAUACCAGUGCUGAAAAGCAAGCAGAAAACUCAAACUCAACUGAGACGUUGAGCAAGAUGACUCAAAACAGAAGACAGACUUUUUCAAAAGCAGAGCCAUCUAACCAUAGACCUAACAAAGACACAGAGAGUGCUGGAGAGUCCUUGCUGGAUAAGAAUGAGCUUUGGAAACGGCUGGUUGAAGCUGCAAACAGAACAAAGUCUCCUAAGUCUAGUCCUCGGAGUCCUGUUAUGAAGGCAGAGCAAAUCAAUGGUUUUGAUAAUGAAGUACAGUUUCAUAAAGCAAAGGGUAGGGAACAUCCAAAUAAAUUGAAAACCCAUGAGGAGAAAAAUGAAAGUAUUCACGCUUCAGUGAUGGUGAGAGCUAGGAGACUGCAAGGAAAUAGCCGAAAAAGGAAAGAGCUAGGAACCUCAACUCAGACGCUACUUGAUUCUGCAAGUGCCCAGCGUGAAAGAAGGAUAAAUCAAGUUUGGUUUUCAUUAGUUCCUUCUUUUGACCGGGAAGGAGAUUCACCAUUGCCCCAGAUACCUGCAAAUUACUUGAGGAUCAGGGAUGGGAAUCUAACUGUUUCUUUCAUCCAAAAAUACCUUGCAAAGAAGCUUAAUAUUGCAAGUGAAGCUGAGGUGGAAAUUACGUGCCGAGGCCAACAAGUGAACCCCAGUCUGACACUGCACAGUUUAGUAGAUAUGUGGCUCAAGGGUGGAUCAUCGCAGAGGGUGCAAGCAUCCAGUGGCACCUCAGCCAAGGAGUUCGUAAUGGUGCUUGCUUAUGGUCGUCGCAGGGUUCCUGCUGCAUGAAUGUGUCACACCAGUGUCUUUCGAAUUCUCCAAUAAGCCUGUCAUAUUUUAGCCCUUGUGUAACAGGUGGUUAUAGGAUUCCUCUCUCUUAGAUGAGAAGUGCUGAGCCUGAUCUUUCACAGUAUGCCUUUUAUGUCGUAUCGUAUCCGUUAGCAUAUGUUGCGGUGCUUCGUUUCAUAUGAACAUGUCCUUGUAUAAGUUUGUACCAUUACAUUUUUAUUUUAGUGACUUGCAAGAGCAUUAUGUUACUCUUUCCCCA